ACGUGCCCGGGUGGCGGUCACGUGAUCAAAAUGGCGGUGCGGCAAAGUCUAGCGAAGUCGCGGAAAUCUGGUUAACGGACGAGGAUGGGAACGAAGAGCUGUUGGAGGAGUGUAGGUCUUUCUGUCGCAGUCGUGAAGGCGUGCUUGAGGAACCACUAUGUUCUAUUGGCUUCUUGGAAUCUUUGAAAAUUCAUUUGCCCGAAUCUGAACGAGAACGAGCCCUCGGCGGCCGGCGCGUCGUCCCGCAGCAGCCGAAGGGGCAGACGCCCUACACCAUCACCGUCAACGUCGUGCGCGGGGAAACCAAGGCUUCGGCUUCAGGCGUGGCGUGGACGAAGCCGCCCCGAGUGGAGCGAGUCGAGCCGGGUCUGCCAGCCGAGCAAGCCGGACUCAAGCCGGGGGACUACAUCAUCUUCGUCGGGCAGUUCAACGUCGUCAAGUAUGAGGAGGAACAGGUGCUCGACAUCAUCAGGGACUGCGGCGACGUGCUGUCCAUGGAGGUGUACCGCCGCGGAGUCUCGAAGCACCCGCGCGGCUUCGUGAACGGCUUCGUCCCUUCCCGAACCGGCCCGGAGCAGGGACUCGCCAACGGCAACGAUUUCCACC